AAGGAAUGUAUGUGGACACUCAACACUGACUUGACUAGACUACUGAGUACUGACCAGUAAACAGACAGAUAACAUACAGAGUGCUUGGCUUGUGCGGAGUUAAUUAAUAAAUAAAUAAUAAUAAAGAUGGGUUCCCUGACGAUAGUACUGAGCGUCCUGGCCGUUGUGUUCAUCAUUGGAUACACAGAAGCUGCCGGCAACUGUCCCCUGGCUUCCAAAGUGUACGGCUGCACUCCCAAGUGUGUGCAGAAUUACGACUGCAGUCACGGCAAGCAGUGCUGCCCCAACGCCUGCAACUCCAAGUCCUGUGUGGAUGUCGCUGCUUACGGCGGCAACAACGGCAAGGAUAAAAACCAAUCUGGUGGUGCAGGUGUAUAUUGCGGUAACCAAAAGUGCAGUCCAUUUGAAGUGUGCAAGAUGGACGCCUCCACCAAACGGAUGAAGUGCUCCAGAGCUUAACAUGAACCACAUAAACUUUAUAAUUAUUACUUAACUAUAAGCCUUUUAUACAAUAUAAUAAAUUAAUCUCCCUACAACAAUUGUGUUGAUAAGAACAGAUUUUUUGUAAACUAUUUAAAAAAAUAAAAAUUUUAAGUACAA